AUGGAGAAAAAGGAGAAAGUUACAUUGACCACUAGUGAACAGAUAUUGGAGAAAUCUGCUAAGGGUGCUACAUUCUUGAUGAUGGGCCAAUUCUUCACAAAGCUGGUAACUUUUUUCUUAAACAGUUUAUUAGUACGAUUUUUGUCACCAAGAAUCUUUGGUAUAAUUGCGUUCUUAGAGUUUAUUUUGGGGACCAUCUUGUUCUUUAGUAGGGAAGCCAUUAGACUAUCUACUUUAAGAAUUAAAGAGAAUACUUCAGAUUCGAGUAUAAGCGUAAGUAAUGAAAAAACCAUUGUUUUGCAAACUGCAGUAAACUUCGCUCAUAUUCCAAUUUGGAUCGGUAUUCCUCUUUCGAUCGUAUUGAUUACUUGGCAAUACACAAAUGUAAAUGCAUAUUUCAUUUCACUACCACACUUCCAAUUGUCAAUCUUUUUAAUUUGGAUAAGUAUCAUUAUUGAGCUAUUGAGCGAACCCUUUUUUGUCGUUAAUCAAUUUAUGUUGAACUAUGGUCUUAGAUCGAGAUUCGAAGGUAUCGCUGUUACAAUGGGUUGUGUCAUUAACUUUACUGUCGUAUAUGCUUUUGAAAAAAAAUGGUACUCGCUGGAUACCGACGAUUUAGAGGUUAGCAAGGAAGGUAUUGCUAUCUUGGCGUUUUCAUUGGGGAAAUUGGCUCAUUCGAUAACGUUACUCUUAUGUUAUUCUUACCAUUAUAUGAGGGAAUUCGCGCCAAAGAAUAUGUUCAAAUUAAGAUUAACAAAAAUCAGUAUUCCUGGUUCCAAACAACAAUCGUAUUAUUUCCAAACUGAUAUCUUGGAACAUUUUAAAAAAGUUUACUUCCAAAUGUGUUUUAAACAUUUGUUGACAGAAGGUGAUAAAUUGAUUAUAAAUUCAUUAUGUACUGUCGAGGAACAAGGUAUUUAUUCUUUAUUAUCCAAUUAUGGUUCCUUGGUAACAAGAAUGGUUUUUGCUCCCAUUGAAGAAGCGUUGCGUUUAUUCUUGGCAAGAUUAUUAUCAAAUACUCGCAAUUCUAAAAAUUUAAGAUUAUCUAUGGAGGUUCUAGUGAACCUGACCAGAUUUUAUUUAUAUCUGUCACUAUUGAUUAUUAUUUUUGGUCCCGUCAACUCAUCAUUUCUACUACAAUUUAUUAUUGGUCUAAAAUGGUCCACAGUUACUGUCAUGGACACCAUAAGAGUCUACUGUUUUUAUUUACCAUUUUUAUCAAUCAAUGGUAUAUUUGAAGCCUUCUUCCAGAGUGUUGCCUCAGGUGAUCAAAUUUUAAGGUUCUCUUAUUUAAUGAUGUUCUUUUCAGGUGUAUUUUUGUUAAACUGCUGGAUAUUUAUCGAAUACCUUGAUCUUUCAGUCUCAGGUCUGAUAAUAAGUAAUAUCAUUAAUAUGUCAUUGCGUAUCUCAUACUGUGGGUGGUUUAUUCAUAAAUUUUACAAAGAAUUGUAUAAUGAAUCUUCUUUCCUCAUUAAUUUCCAAAAUUUGAUUGCAGUGAUGUUUACAGGCCUCUGUAUAAGUGGUCUAAACUGGUGGUUCAUCGGUUAUGUCAAAACAUUCAAACAAUUAUUUCUGAAUAUCGCAUUUGCCAGUGCAUUGUUAAUUUUAAUCUUAUAUAAGGAAAGAAAUGCCAUCAAACAAUUUUUAAGCAAAGAAAAGACUACAGAAUCAAAACAAGUUUAG